CUCGCCAGCCUCAGCUCGUGCAACUAUGUCACCGGCUCCGUCGUCGCCAAGGACCACGGAAUCACCCUCGGCGAAUGGGAUGUCAAAGUGGAGGGGCUGCUGCCGACAAAAGUGCUGGUGGGGAGGGAGCAAGGGAACCCGAAUUGGGAGAAGGUGCUGCUGGACACUGACAUCUGGGGUGGGAUGGGGGAUGAUGCGAUGUUUCAGCUCUUUGUCAGGAAGGUGGAGAGGAGGUGUCCUUUUUCGCAGCUUUUCAAGCUGAGCGGGGUGGUGUAUAAGAGCAGGUGGGUUAAUGGGCCUCUUUAA